AUGGCAGAGUCAAGUAAUCGAAUAUCACAAUGCAGCUACAUUCUUCUCGUGAUGUUGGCAUUUACUGGUCAACACAUUGCCAGUUCAUUAGAAUUAGCUAAAUGUAAGAGUGCUUUAGGAAUGGAGUCAGGUGCAAUUAUGGACUCACAAAUAUCAGCUAGUUCGGCACACGAUUUCGGCAAUGUGGGGCCACAACAUGCAAGAUUAAGAAUAGACAAUAAUGGUGGCGCAUGGUGUCCGAAACAUAUGGUGUCGAGUAAUCUGAAUGAAUACUUACAAAUAGAUUUAUUAUCGCUACAUGUAAUCACAUCAAUUAAAACACAGGGUAGAUUUGGUAGGGGUCAAGGGCAGGAGUUUACUGAAGCAUAUUUGAUUGAAUAUUGGCGACCAAGCUUUGGUAACAAGUGGAAGAGAUGGAAAAAUUUACAGGGAAAAGAGAUUUUAACAGGAAAUAUUAAUACAUAUAGUGAAGUUGAGAAUGAAAUGCAUCCAAUUAUUGUGGCACAAAAAGUUCGCAUUUAUCCAUACAGUAAAUAUGAUAGAACCGUUUGUCUGAGAGCUGAGUUACUUGGAUGUCCAUGGGAUGAAGGACUCGUCUCUUAUGUCGUACCAAAAGCAAAUCAAAAAGUCGACAUUGAGCUCAGCGAUAGAACUUACGAUGGUGAUGAUCAAAGUGAUCGUCUUGUUAAUGGCUUGGGUCAAUUGGCGGAUGGACAAAAAGGCCAGGAUAAUUAUCGUGCUGAUGUUACUGGUUUUGGAAGAGAGCAUGGGACUCAGCUAAACUUAAUCAAUGGAUUUGAGUGGGUUGGAUGGAGUAACGAUAGUGUUGGAAGUGCUGGUAGACCAAUUGAAUUGACAUUUCAAUUUGAUACUGUGAGGAAUUUUAGUGCGAUGAUUUUGCAUACAAACAAUAUGUUUUCGAAGGGUAUUCAGGUAUUCUCAAUGGCUAAAGCAUACUUUAGCAUUGGCGGUCAAUAUUAUAAUGGUGAGCCUGUACAGUAUUCAUACAUGCCUGAUCAAGUCAUGGAACAUGCACGUGAUGUCACGAUCAAACUACAUCAUCGCAUUGGACGUUAUGUACAACUUCAAUUGUAUUUCGCAUCAAGAUGGAUAUUGCUGAGUGAAGUUUCAUUUAUAUCAGUUCCAGCAAUUGGCAACUUCAGUGAAGAGGUCGCAUAUGUGAAACCACAAGACACAAAUUCCAUCGAAUAUACACUCCAAAGUGACGAAGUUCAAAUGUCCAAGAAUCGUAAUGUUAAUCGUAAUCAUGUACCGCAAAUCGUUUCGUCACGACCAAUUGAUCAAGAGCCAGAGCAGCAUAUCAUUAGUGUCGUGAUUACGGCACUUGCUAUUAUCAUCUUUGUACUGAUUGCCGUUAUAUUAUUCAUUGUGACGAAGAAUAAACGUACAAGAACGGCAGCUGUGCUUAAUGCCUUACAGCAUACACAAUAUUCUGAUGGAUUGGGCAUCGAUAAGCGACUGAAUAGUAACUUUAAAGUGUCAAUGGAUGACAACGAGUCAAUCGAUAAGAGUAGCUUAUAUCAUGAGCCAUUCAAUGUUAACAUGUAUACGAGUGCAGCGAGUGGAUGUACUCUUAAUGACAUGCAGCAGCGACUUCAUGUUACACCUGAUUAUACAGAUGUUCCUGAUAUUGUUUGCCAAGAUUACGCGGUACCACAUAUGGAAAAUUUAUUGCCAAAAAUGCCAGGUGGUUAUAUCGGUGUACGUUUGACACCUCCAUUGAAUAAUAUAUUUCCAAAACCACCUAAAGUUCCACCACCGCCACUAAACCAGGAAAAGUAUUAUGCGGCAACACAAAUAUGUUCAAGUAAACCACCCGGUACAAUGACACUCAAUGGACACAUUCUCAGCAGCUCAAAUACAAUGAAUAAUAAUAGUAUGAAGACGAGUAGUAAUCAUAGUAAUACAAAUAGUAAUGGAUCAAAUACAACGGCAUCAUUAGAUGGACGUAAUGGAUGCAUCACACCGACAACGCCAUUAAAUCAUCAUCUCAAUUCAUAUAGUGACUUCGAUACACUUCUCAUGGAUGAUGAGGUGCAAAUGAAGGAAUUUCCACGUGAUAAAUUGGUCAUUGUUGAGAAGCUUGGAUGUGGAAUGUUUGGGGAGUUGCACUUGUGCGAAACAAAGGGACUCACAUCAAACCUCGUUGCCGUCUCAACCCUUCGACCAGGUGCAUCAGAAACUGUAAAGAAAGAGUUUCGAUCGAAAGCAAAGCAUUUGGGUCGGUUAAAUGAUCCAAAUGUUAUGAAACUAAUCGGAGCAUGUUUGAAGGAUGAGCCAAUAUGCAUUGUAUUGGAUUAUAAAUAUAGUAGUGAUUUAAAUCAAUUUUUACAAGAGCAUAUUGCUGAAACGGGUCCAGUUUGCAUUCAGAAUAAUUCACUAAGCUAUGGAUGUUUGAUUUAUAUUGCAACACAAAUCGCUUCUGGCAUGAAAUAUCUCGAGCAAAUGAGCUUCGUUCACAAAGAUCUUGCAGCAAGAAACUGCAUAAUUGGACCACAAUUGGACGUUAAAAUAUGUGCUUUGGGUACAGUAAUUAAUCGACUUUCAUAUCCAGCUGACUACUGUCAUUUAGAAGGUGCAGGCAGACAAUCACAACCAAUGCCAAUACGAUGGAUGGCAUGGGAAAGUGUUUUAUUGGGAAAAUUCACAUCGAAAUCAGACGUAUGGAUGUACGGUGUUCUAUUAUGGGAAAUCCUCACAUUUGCCAGGGAGCAGCCAUUUGAGAAUUUGACUGAUGAAAAAGUUAUUGAGAAUAUUGGACAUAUCUAUCAGGAUAAUAAUAAGCAUAUAUUUUUACCGAUUCCUGUAAAUUGUCCACGAGAAAUCUACGAUCUCAUGUGCGAGUGUUGGCAACGAAAUGAAUCAUCACGUCCAAACUUCCGUGAGAUUCACUUAUUUUUACAACGAAAGAAUCUCGGCUAUAAGCAUGGGAGUUACUGA